UUCAUCGAGGUGUUCCUUGCCAAGUAGGCCACCCUCUGUCAUCAUCUCUGGCGCUGUGUCUGAUCGUAACGGCCCUACAGCUCCCCUCGCGUGACCGGUCUUUCCCAUGAAACCAUGUUCGGGUAUAAGAUGCCCUUCACCGUAACGACAUGUCAGAGCUCACCAACGUCCUUUACGCGCACCGUACUCAUGGGGGUCGUUUCGCAGACGCUGCUGUGCUGAUGCUCGGAAACCAAAUCACCAACAUAUUGCGUUUCUUCCUGUCCCGAAACAUCCGCAUCGCCCGGGAACGCGCAUGGGACCAAACAGUCGCGUCUCGCGGGAAAAGCGCUGAUUUCUGGAUCCCUUACGUCGAAGAAUGGGAAACGCCCCCUCGCGUGCCAACGGACACGUGGAGCGGCCGAAUGGAGAAGCAGUGGUCCAGCGCCGUCUUCAUGUUCUUCCUGAAACGAGCUCUGCUCGUCCCCCUGAACUUGUAUCCGGGUCUGGGCAUCGUCGUCGCCGCGUGGUUCAAGUCACUGGCGACCGCUCACCGCCAACACACGCAGUAUUUCGCCGCAAAGAAGAUGUCUGAUAAAGAGGUCGCCGUGUUCAUGGAGGAGCGCAAGUGGGACUACAGACUGUUUGGCUUCGCUGCGGCGUUGUUGGAGGGACUGCCCAUCAUCGGUCUCGUUUUUACGGUCUCGAAUCGUGUCGGGGCCGCAAUGUGGGCUCACGAUCUGGAAAAGCAGCAGCAUUUCUAUGCUUCGAAACAUGAUGUUGAACUGAAGCAGAGAGGUUGAAAGGAUAUGCAGCGCGUGAAUAUUCACUCAUGUACUCCGAAUAUAUGUAAGCACUUGGCUGACAUGUGUUUUGCUUCUGCUUCGGCCAGCCAUGGUCGGAUCGCCGACAUCCAUCGAGUCGCACAAAGCAUCGGUAGAGAGGAUGCAAAAUAGCAGCAGAACAAAAAUGAUGGUAAUAUACUUGAUACAGUACGCUGGUGCUACAAGAAAGCGUGUAUUCAUGGAAGAACGGUCAGUGUCGCGGAAAAGUCCCACAGGCCCGUCCCCCCACUUCCGACGAUUUGGGGCGCAGGUGCGGGGGCUCGAGGCGAUGCGUGCAGGACGAAGGUCCUGUCACUCAUCGGCUGGAGCAACGAGAGGCGAAUCGUGUUGGCACCCGCUUGGAUAUAGUCCGUCACGUCGAUCGGCGAGCCCGCGUGCUGCCCCCUCAGAUGAGCAGUGGAGGAGGGUGAGAUUCAUAUUCCGGACACACCAUAUCGUAAGGCAACCAGGACCGGCCCCCGCCUCCUUCGCCGCCGCAGAUGUCAACCACAAGUGUAUUGUCCGGCGGCCACAUGCACUCCAGUGCGAACGUCGCAUUCGCCUUGUCCGCGGGUGUCGGGUCUCGCAAAUUGUCAUACAUCUGCGAGAGCGUGGCGGUCGACACACAGAGGAGAUUGACAGCGAUUUUUGGCGGCCUGUGUCGUCGCGUGGCGGGAUCCUCGUCUCUGGGUGGCGUCAGUCCGGCGAAUACCAGGAGGAAAGUGAGAGAAACCCACGGCAGCGGAAUAUCCCAUGCGUAGGCGAGCCCAGGUUCGACUUGGAAGGUGACUUCGAGGAGAGUAGACCAAGCACUGCCUACUUUGACCAUCCACAGCCCUGGCACGUUAUCACAUGGAUUCUCAGGUCGGGGUGGAACUGCCGGUGGGAGAAUUGCGUCAGUUCCUCGGCCAGAGGGUCCUACUGUGGAACCAGCGGUGAACAUGUGGCUAGGGACUAAAUUUGACAGCAAUGAUCCUGCUUGUGUCCGAUGUGGCGACGGAGAACGCGGGCCAUUCGAUGACGGUCGCAUCGGUUCGAUACCCCCGUCAGGUGACCGCCUUCGUGAAGGUGUUGUUUGUCGUUGAGGAGAAUACUUCCGUCGAGAAGGGUAUUCCCACGGCGGCGACUGGUUGCGGCGCGGAGAAUAACGUUGCGGAGAUCGACUGUCUCCGGAAGAAUGCUGGCGAGGAGAAUGCAUGAGAGGAGAGUGCGGAAAUGGAGAAUGGCGCCGUGCCGAAUGGUAAUGCCCGUUCGGUGAAGCUCGUCGGACUGGGGACCGGGGUCGAAGCGGAGGUCGAUUUCUUAAUAGAUCGAAUUCUUCAAGCCUACGGCCUCUUUGUGGGGAAAGGGAUUGCACAGAGCGUCGAUCACUGCCAAAGUCCCGUUCUUUCCCUUUCAGCGAAGGUCCAGAAUGAAAUGAUGUACUGCGUGGCUCUUGAAUUGGAGGGGGCAAGGAUUGCCCAUUGUUGCUCAAAGAAAGAGGAUCCCCGAGACCGUUCCUGGGCUGUUCCGGUGCGAACACAUCCUUCAGGCGCGCCUCCCCAAACUUCACACUCAGUUCAUCUUUGACGUGGCCUAUCCUCGUGGCAAAGGCCUGGACCACAGGGGGCGUCAACAAGUCAUUGAUUUUCCGCUCGGUUUCUUUGACAUUCAAGUCACGGUCUCGUCGCCUGGCGUUAUUGAGCACUGCGUCCCUGAGUGUGAUACCCGCUUGUGUACGCGGAGAGUCGCGUUCGAGGGCGGAAACCGGCGCUUCGUCGCCGGUUGUGAAAGGUUGACCGUGUGGCAGAGAGGCUGACACUGCGCUGGCUUCGUCUAGGGUCUGCUUCGUCGAAGACUGGCCCGGCUGGUAUUCCUUGGCCACUCGUGCUGGAUCAUUGAUGAUCGCAUCGACAGCCGUAAUGUCCGCGAAGGAGAAAGAUGAGGAUCCAGAAGAUGGU